AAACAAAAAUAAACCAUAGAAAAUGUUAACAAAUAUUGGUGUUUAAUUUACUAAAUUUCUUAAGGAAGGAACCACACCUGAGUCAUAUUUGGUUUCCCACCAGAGCAAAAUACAAGCCGGACUGAUUUGUAAAACAUCAAACAGAUCACUGCGAACAGCCCAACCGGUAGAAUGAUGCGGUACUGGGGUGAGAUCCCUGUGUCGGCUGUACCACCCAGCCGGAGCUCCUUUGACCUGCUGCAGAGGGAGUUCCGCUCAGUAGAGGUGCAGGACCCACCGAUGCACCAGCCUUCCGCCCAUCGCCCGCGGCCCACCACAAUGUUCGAUGUGCCCUCCGAGCCUUGUAGCCUGACCAUACACACUGUGCAGCUCAGCCAGCAUGUGCGCCGGCUCCGAGCACUGCUUGCCGCUGCGCAGGGGCAACCCCAGGCUGAGGGGGGUGCUAGGCUGGAGGAGAACGAGACCUUGCCUGCUCGGCCCCCAACACCAGCCAUCCCAGAUGACCUGCUACCCCUCGACAGCAAGGCACCCCACCUCCCCUUCCAGCUUCUACACAGCGACCCAGAAAGUGACUUCUACAAGGGAAAAGGGGAGCCUGUGACGGAGCUGAGCUGGCCCUCUUGUCGGCAGCUCCUGUAUCAGUCAGUGGCCACAGUCCUGGCUCACGCAGGCUUUGAGUCGGCACCGGAGAGCGUGCUGGAGAUGCUGACGGAUGUGGCUCAUGAGCACUACCUUCGGCUGAGUCGGCUGCUACGCGUGGCUGUGGACCGAGAGGCCCGCCAGGGCUCCACGCCUUUCCCUGACGUGGUGGAGCAGGUGUUCCACGAGGCUGGCAUCGGCAGCGUGCUGGCACUGCAGCACUUCUGGCAGCACCGCAUCAAGGACUACCACAGCUACAUGCUGCAGGUAAGCAAGCAGCUGUCUGAGGAAUACGAGCGGCUAGUGAACCCAGAGAAGGCAGCGGAGGAUGCCAAGCCCCUGAAGAUCAAGGAGGAGCCUCUCAGCGACAUCACCUUCCCGAUCAACGAGGAGCUGGAGGCAGACCUGGCUUCGGGUGACCAGUCCCUGCCCAUUGGGGUGCUCGGAGCUCCCAGUGAGAGGUUUUCCACCGGGCUUGAGGGAGACAGCUCCCCCCAUACAGGUGCAGUGGGCAACAGUUCCCCCUUGUGGAACCUAGCACAUGUGAAGAUAGAGCCACAGGACGCAGAGGAGGGGCAGGUGCAAGGGCACGGCGUGCUGGGGGGCGAUGUCUUCGAGGAGCCCAUGUCAACCAUGAGCGAGUCCGGCAUCCCGCCCUCCCCCGAAGGGGCUGGCUCUGACGCCAGCUACGCCUCUCACUCCCCCGAUAGCCUCAUGGGCACCUCGCCCGUCUUCAACCAGCGCCCUAAGAAGCGCCUCAAGAAGAUGUGAGAGAAGAGGAGCUCUCCCUGAAGAGCAGCCCAAUUUCCAGCUGCUGGAAUCUCACCCCACCCCAGCUGUUUGUCUAGACUAAAUUAACUUCAUCAGCAAACUUUAAGAUUAUCCUUGUGAAGUUUUCCUAAGAGAGCUUUUCCAUUGGCCUGCGACCAUUGAGACCUUCACCAUGCAAUACUGGACCUGUGAUUGAAAUGGAAACUCCAGUCCCCGUUGCAG